AUGUCUUUCUACAUUGAGAACAAGUCAGUUGGCGAUGCCGCCAACUCGGAGGACUGGCGCAUUCGCGGCUACAACCCCCUCACACCUCCAGAUCUGCUCCAGAGCGAGAUUCCUCAAAGCGCAAAGUCGAGAGAAACCGUCUUGACGGGCCGCAAUGAGACAGUCGAAGUCGUUCAAGGCCGUGACAAGAAUGGCCGGCUUCUCGUCGUCAUUGGUCCCUGCUCGAUCCACGACCCCAAAGCCGCCCUCGAGUACUGCGACCGUCUCGUCCAGAUGAAGGAGAAAUACAAGGAUGACCUCCUCAUCGUCAUGCGCUCCUACCUCGAGAAGCCCCGCACAACAGUUGGAUGGAAGGGUCUGAUCAAUGACCCGGAUAUCGACAAUACCUUCAAGAUCAACAAGGGCCUGCGUGUAUCGAGACAGCUCUUUGUUGACUUGACAGAGAAGGGCAUGCCCCUCGCUAGCGAGAUGUUGGAUACCAUCUCUCCCCAGUUCUUGGCCGACUUGCUUAGUGUUGGUGCAAUUGGCGCAAGGACAACUGAGUCUCAGCUCCACCGUGAGCUCGCCUCUGGGUUGUCUUUCCCUGUCGGCUUCAAGAACGGUACAGAUGGUACCCUUGAUGUUGCUGUAGACGCCAUUGGCUCCGUCAAGCACCCUCACCACUUCCUCUCUGUCACCAAGCCUGGCGUUGUCGCCAUCGUUGGCACUGUUGGCAACGAUGACUGCUUCGUCAUUCUGCGUGGUGGAAAGAAGGGCACAAAUUUCGAUGAGGUCAGCAUCAAGGAGGCGCGCGAGGCUCUUGAGAAGAAGGGUCUUAACGCCCGCUUGAUGAUCGACUGCAGCCACGGCAAUUCCGAGAAGAACCACAACAACCAGCCCAAGGUUGCACAUGUGCUGGCUGAGCAGAUCGCUGCUGGUGAGACUGGCAUCAUGGGUGUCAUGAUUGAGAGCAACAUCAACGAGGGCAACCAGAAGGUACCCAAGGAGGGCAAGGAUGGCCUGAAGUACGGCGUCUCGAUCACAGAUGCUUGCAUCAACUGGGAAGAUACUGAGACCGUGCUCGAAGAAUUGGCCACUGCCGUCGCAAAGAGGAGAUCUCUCCGCAACGGCGCAUAG